UACUGACUUCUCUACUCCAUUUCGACGUCAAUAAAAGCAGAAAAACCGCACUACACUACAAUAACGUACAUUCUUGGUCUCGUGUAGUUUUCAGAAGAAGAGAAUUGAAUAAACAUCAUUCUCGAACGACACCAGGAACAGAAGCAAAACCUCUUCGACUUUCCAAGGUAGAAACAUACGAACAAACCCCACCUCACCACCUUGAUACCAACUACCGGCGACCACUUCCCGACACAUUCUUUUUUCCGACACAUCAUGGCACCAGCAGCAGCCAAAUCCAAAGACCUCAGCCAAAACCGAGCGAUCAGGAUCGUCUCGGCGGCCGCAGCGGGAGGCUACGCCGUGCCCGCCAUGUGCUGCUACAACCUCGAAGCCAUCAUCGCGUCGGUGCGCGCUGCCGAGGCUAAGCGGUCUCCCGUCAUCAUCCAACUGUUCCCCUGGGCCGUGACGUAUGCCGACGGGUUACUGGUCCACGCGGCGGCCGAAGCCGCCGACAAGGCCUCUGUGCCCGUCGCCGUUCACAUGGACCACGCGCAGACGCCCGAGAUCGUGAGGCGGGCGGCCGAUUUGGGAGGGUUCGACGGCAUCAUGGUCGACAUGUCUCACUACGAGAUGGAGGAGAACUUUGCACUGACGCGGGAGUUGGUGGCGUACUGCAACGAGAGGGGCAUCAUCACCGAGGCCGAACCCGGUCGCAUCGACGGUGGCGAGGACGGCGUGGCCGACGUUUCGGACAUGCAAGGUUUACUCACGACCCCCGAACAAGCAGAAGAAUUUGUGAGCCUGGGCAUCAACUGGCUCGCCCCGGCCUUCGGAAACGUCCACGGAAAGUACGGGCCCAAGGGACCCCAACUCGAGUACGACCGGUUGAAGAGUAUCCAAAAACAAGUCGGAGACAGGGUUCACCUGGUUCUCCACGGGGCCGGGCGGGAGUGGUUCAAGGAGGACCUCCUCCGAAAAGUCAUGGAGUGCGGCAUCGCAAAGUGUAACCUCAACGACGCCAUGAACGAUCAUUUCAUCGACGUACUGAAAGAAAAAGCCGGCACCGCCCCACUCACCUCGUUGAUCGAGCAAGGGACCGACGCCAUGCAAAAGGCCAUUGAGCAGUACAUGGACUGGAUGGGUUCGACGGGUAAAGCAUAAGAUAUUCUAGAUACCUGGUAAAACACACAAAAUCCAACAAUUGAACAUAUAGUGUUUUGUACAAAAACCGGAAUGGCACAACCUUUCCUCACA